CUACACGGAAAUCCACAAGCAGUUCAAGCAGCUGGUAGAGAAGCUGUUGGACAACCACAUGCAGGAGAUUGGCAUAAAUGAGCAGCAGUUUGUCGAAGCCUACACCUCUCCCUUCGCCAAGGCAAAAACUUUGCAGUAUAGAGUGUUGGAGGGAUGUUGGCCGACCCGGAAGUGAGCGUCGCCCUGGGUUCCCUUGACAUUAAGCCAACGGGUUUUUCCAUUGGAUUUUGGAUGAUUGCAGAAAAUGCUGCAUUUUUUAAGCACCUCUUCAAAAACUGAGAAUAAAUAAAUAAAUAAAAAUAACGGUGCUCCAAAUAACCAAAUGUAAACCAAUGCAUUCUGAAUGGGAAUGUUUCUCCGAUUUUUCCAUGCUACACUGAACGAAAUGUAAACCCAUGCAAAUAAAGGCUCCAUGGUCAUAAUUUAAAUAUAAUUAAUCUCCUGAGUGUGUAGGGUAUGUAUUAAUUUUUUUUUCCAAUGGGGCUUCGUCCACGUCACUUGACUGUCAUGGUUGCUAUGGUGGUUGCUAUCGACCGCCCCCUCUAAUCCUUACAUGGCUCUAAAAACCACGCGGCAAAGGAGCUGCCGUCAAUUGUGUUGUUUUUGACGUAAACUAGGGAACGAUGGUUAAAAAAUAGACAGAUAUUCCAAGGUAUCCUUAAAAGGCACGUUGGAUGUUUUUAUUUUUUCCAGUUUAGACUUCGUCUAUCACCUAUUUUUUAAGGCAAAACACCAAGCUCAUUGAUUUAACGAGGCAGGAUUAUUUGAAACAAUUUAUUAAAUAUAAGUGAGAUUUCAGUCCUCCUGAGUUUGCUUCCUAUUUAUGUCUAGUGUACACCCCUACUGUCCACAAGCACCCCCCCACCCCCUCCCCAUGGAUUUGGAGAAUUGUUGCCACGUCCCAGUGGUGGUGGUAUCAUAUAUAUGAAAGAGGGCAUUCAAUUAUACUACAAUGAUCAAUUAGGAGGCCGGAGCCCUAAAGGAAGUGAUGCAAUAGGUGACUGAUUCGAGAACAAGUAAGCUAUACCUUGGGGUCUCUUAUGUAUCAAAGGGGGUCUCAAAGGACGCAUACGCAUCAACCUGUGGCUCCAGCCCUUCAGGAAAUGACUCAGCAAGUGCUCCAUCUCGUUGCACCUCGCGCAUUGCCUAGUAACGGGGACGCUGGCGAGUCUAACGCCGCUCUGUAUGGCUUGUUUUUAUUCAGUAUUUUUAAUAUUUCUCACAAAUGCAUUGAACAUUUUUUAUUUUUUUUUGGUCUUUAGUAGUUUAGCUAAGUUUACUAGUUAUAUAUAGUCACUUUUCGCUAUUGUGAAUACACCAGUUUUCUUUAUUUUUACGUGGUUUAUAUGUGGAGUCGUACAGUUGCUUGACAGUUGGUGGACGCUGUUGCCUUUUGAACGCUGCUGCUCACCGGUUGCCGCUUCUCACUCUGAACAUCAUUCUGAACAUUAUUUUUUCGCGAUUUUCUUUUUCUUCAUCUUACUAGUCUUUUUUUUUUUAUUAGUUUUCUUUUGCUUACUUUCAACCCCUUCUGUCUGAAACCCUUCUGGACCUCGGAUCGGACUACAAUUCUCCCUUUCUACCCCUGGAAACUGGUCGCUAGCUAACCAGCUGGUGACCAGCUGGAUGCUACCUGUCCGUGCCACUGCUGUCAACUGUCCGGGACCUGCCUGCAGCGCUGGGCCAUUGAUUAGCUGGCUGCCGGCUGUUUGACAGUUGGUGGAUGACACACCAACUGUGACACACCGGUCCGCUGCCAGCCUGCCAGCUCUCCUGGACGCUUACCUGUGUCCGCGGAUUGCAGUAAAUCGCGGGGGACGCCACCUCCCUCCUACCGCUACCCGACAGUGUUCACCUGCUGGCCGGCUAGACUGCUGCUAACCCCCGGCGCCGUCCAACUGGCUUCCCCGUCUCCAGCGUAGCUACAACCGGCAAGCUCCACUCCUCUGCCUCUGCUGUGCUCGCUCUGUGGCUUUACCAUAAUCGCCUGGAUCUACCGCUGGCUUACGCCGCUGCCGACAUCACAGUCUGUGGAUUUUUAACCUGUUCCUCUGGAUUGCGCUAUGUUUGACUCUCACGUCACGAGCGCAUCUCUGCCUCUCCGUUACUCGGUAACGGAGAUGUCACGUCUCCGGAUCUUCUCAAGGACCCCCCCACCUCAGCUUGCAUCCCACCAUGACAUUCUCAAACGACCAAAAUACAUCCACCGAGGCUCUGGACGGAAUUUUCAGUACACUCACAACAGCAACAAAAACAUCCGCUCCUUCUGGUCCACUGGGCCCCGCCCCCCUCCUUGCACAGCCAGUACGGUCAGUCCUGUCAAUCACAGUGUACUGUCCCCUCUGCUCAAAGCAAACUGCUACACUCCACUCACCUGUCUGAAACUCUGUCUGCUGAACACCUGAUCCCUCAGUAAUAAGGCCCUUUUGAUAAAUGACUUUAUUGUUGACCAGAGCCUAGACAUUCUCUGCCUCACUGAGACCUGGCAACAACCAAAUGACUUCUCCCAUCUAAAUGAGGCUGUCCCACCGGGUUUUUCUUUUAUUAGUAAACCCCGGGUUAAUGGGAGGGGGGGUGGCCUCGCUCUCCUCCACCGUGAUAACAUCAAAGUCACCACUGUCACAGUCCCCCAUCACUCCUCCUUUGAAUGUCUAGCUGUAAAACUAACAGGCCCCAAACCCACUAUCAUUGUCACCAUUUACUGACCACCAAAACCCUCUGCUGUUUUCUUCAAUGAAUUCUCAUCACUACUUACAUCUGUAUGUGCAAUGUCCCCCACUGUUAUCCUCCUUGGUGAUGUCAACAUCCACAUUGACAACCCAUCCUGUACUUUUGCUAAUGACUUCACAUCACUUCUGGACUGUCUUGGCAUCACACAACAUGUCACCCUCCCAACCCAUAACAAAGGUCACAUUCUGGAUUUAAUCUGCUGCACUGACAUCACUCCCACUAAUCUUGAUGUCAUUGAUUGCCCCAUCUCUGACCACAAAGCUGUACUUUUUGACAUUCAUACCCAACUACACAAAACCAAGGAACAACGGACCAUCUCCUUCAGAAACAUCAAACAUAUCAACACCACAGACCUCUCCACCCUGAUCAGCUCCUACCCCAACCCUCCCCCAGCUUCCUCCCUGACUGACCUGGUGACUCACUACAAUAACUGCCUCUUCUCUUCCCUCACCAACCUGGCCCCCCUGAAAACCCGCUCAGUCUCAUUCACCCACACUGCUCCCUGGUUCACUCCUCAUCUGCGCCAGCUCAAAGCCACUGGUCGUCGACUGGAGCGACUCUACAAUAAGACUCAACUCACUGUGCACCGCCAAAUGUAUUCGGACCACCUCCAUCACUACAAGAAUGCCCUCAAUGCUGCCAAAACCUCAUACUACUCCAACCUCAUCAACACUGGUACAGGCAACAGCAGAGUCCUCUUCUCAACAGUCAGCCACUUACUUCAGCCUCCUAAAACCCUCCCUCCAGACAUUUCCACCACCCAAUGCACUGCGUUCCUGGACUUCUUCAGCUCUAAAAUCAACACCAUUCACCAACAACUGGCCUCAUCUCGCACCCCCUCUGAUGACCCACCCUGAAUGAUCACCUCUGGCCAACCUCUCAUCAGCUCCCUCUCUGACUUCACCCCAGUAACAGAACAGACCGUUACAGAACUCAUCCGCAAAGCCAAAACCACCACCUGUCAGCUCGAUCCUCUUCCCACCUCCCUUGUCAAAGCAUGUCUACCGUCCAUAUCCCCCAUGAUCACCAACAUAAUUAACUCCUCCCUCACUACUGGUACCGUACCCCCAACUCUCAAGCUGGCUGCCAUCACUCCCAUCCUGAAAAAACCUGGUGCUGACCCAAUUGACCUUAACCAUUACCGGCCCAUCUCCAAUCUCCCUUUCAUCUCCAAAACACUUGAAAGGGUGGUUGCCACACAACUACAGUCCCACCUUGACACAAACAAUCUCCACAAACCGUUCCAAUCUGGCUUCCAUCCAAAACACAGCACUGAAACAGCCCUAGUCAAAAUCACCAACGACCUCCUCCGUGCAGCCGACUCUGGAUUACUCACCAUUCUCAUCCUCCUCGAUCUCAGCGCAGCAUUCGACACCAUCUCCCACCCUCUGCUCCUGGACCGCCUGACUGGCAUUGGGAUACUGGUGCUGCACCAAUUUGUUCAACUAAGCAACCACAAGUCUGGGUGUUCAGGUGUCUCACUGGGAGUCCCCCAGGGGUCAGUCUUGGGUCCACUCCUGUUCACCACUUACCUCCUCCCGCUGGGCACACUCCUCCGUCACCAUGGGGUCCAUUUUCACUGCUACGCUGACGACACACAGGUCUACAUCUCCACCAAACCCACCGCUGCCAUCCCCCCCACCUCCCUCAUCACGUGCCUGGAAGAGAUCCGGAGCUGGUUGAGCAGGAACUUCCUGAAACUCAAUGGAAACAGGACCGAGGCCCUGCUCAUCGGCUCCAAAUCCACCCUCACCAAAUCACAACACACCCCAGCUCCACUCAUAAUCAUCGAUGGAUUCCCAGUACCCUUCUCCUCCAAAGUCAAGAGCCUCGGCGUCAUCCUGGACAACACCCUCUCAUUCGCACCCCAUAUUCACAACAUCACCCGGACUGCAUUCGGCCACCUCCGCAACAUCGCCAGACUCCGCCCAUCACUGACCCAAUCCAGCACUGAAAUCCUAGUUCACUCAUUUGUCACAUCACGCAUAGACUACUGCAACGCCCUACUCACCGUAAUCCCCACCAAACUCAUCAACAGACUGCAGAUCAUUCAGAACUCAGCCGCCCGGAUCAUCACCCGCACCAAAUCAUCUGACCACAUCACCCCUGUCCUCAUCCAACUUCACUGGCUCCCAGUACACUACCGCAUCCAAUACAAAACCCUACCUACAAAGCUCUCCACAACCUAGCCCCCAGUUACCUCUGCGACCUCCUCCAAGAAUACACUCCCUCCCGCUCCCUCCGCUCAACCUCUGCUGGACUACUAUGUAUCCCCACAUCACGACUCACUACAAUGGGUGCCCGGUCAUUCAGCUGUUCAGCACCCAGGCUCUGGAACUCCCUCCCCCCACACAUAAAACAGUCAGACACCAUUACAACCUUCAAGUCACAACUCAAAACUCACCUGUUCAAACUCGCACACAACGUCUAACUGAUCACUGAUUGUUUGUUUUGUCUUGUUUUUGUUUUAUUUAUUUAUUAAUUAAUUAAUUAAUUAUUAUUUUUCUACAAUGUCUUGUUUGUAAACGAUUUAUGAUAACUUUAUGCUCUGUAAGGUGACCUUGGGUGUCUUGAAAGGCCCCAUUGAGAAAAAAAUAAAAAAAUAAUAAUAAUAUAGAAUACAUACCCUACACACUCAGGCGAUUAAUUAUAUUUAAAUUAUUAUGACCAUGGAGCCUUUAUUUGCAUGGGUUUACAUUUCGUUCUGUGUAGCAUGGAAAAAUCUGAGAAACACAUUGUUUACAUGUGGUUAUUUGGAGCACCGUUUUUUUUUAUUCUUUUAUUUAUUUUCCGUUUUUGAGGAGGUUACAUUUUCUGCAAUCAUCCAAAUCCAAUGGAAAAACCUGUCGGCUUGUUGUCAAGGGAACCCAGGGCGACGCUCACUUCCGGGUUGGCCAACAUACGUCAUCCCUCCACCACUCUAUACUGUAAAAACAAAUGUUCAAGUUGAAUGAUAAUGCAUGAAUUUAUUCUUUAUUCUGCACUAUUUUUUGUUGUCGCGUGUGUCCACUGCCCAACCCCGCCCAUACUCUGGUGUUUGAUAGUUCUGACUGAGUUUUCAUAAAGAUUAUACAAUACAUAUUACACCCCAACUGUUUCUGCGGUGGGUUUUGAAAGUACCCAAGAAAACCGUGACCCGCGCCUUUGAGGUUUACACCCGCGACUCCGUUUUUAAAACAACCAGUGAAGCUUGCAACCCUGCAUCACCGUCACCUUCGCCGUACUGGCAGCGAUGGGGAGUUUCCAAAUAAUUAUAAUUUAUGUAUUGUAUAUAACCAGGAAUUUAUGUAUUUUAUAACCUUAUUGGUUGUGCUUUCUUCAGGCACCUCCACAGCGCUACGUGCAGAUGGUAUACCACGCUAUUUUACGUUGAAAUGCAAAGUAAUCCAGUGUUCACGAAAACGUACUCUGUCAACGUAUGUUUUUGGCGACUGGGUUGCCCAGAUACACAAAGUGAGAUAAAUAUUCAAUAUUAUUAUUAUAUCAUCAUCAUCGUCAUUAUGAUGAUUUGUUUUACUUAACGUUACCAACACCGGAGCUGAAUAAAAUGAUGCAAGAUCAAAGUAACCUAAGGUAGAUGGCUCUGAUGGUCUGCGUUGUUGUUUUUUUAGAUCAUGUCAAACAAAUCAAUAGUUGCAUAACGUGACGGCCUCACCGUUGAUGGACAUUGAUUUCCUUUUGUCUAUAUCCGACAGUGAGGGAUUAACAUGAAUGUUUAUCUGACGGACCCCCGAGUUGAAAAACGACGAAAAAGGUAUUAAUUUUUCGUUGGAAAUUGACGCCAGGGAUCCUUGGCCAUGCGUCACACAUUUGACGAGUAGGGAGUGAUGCUGUGUUGCACCAAACGUACCUUGGGACCUCGGAUCGCCCAAAAUUGGUGCCCUAAUAAAUUGGGCUCCUUAACCCACUGCAAUUACCCUGACGCUGCAUGUAAAUCCAGCCAAGUCACUGCAAUCACACACACUUCACAUACAGACAUUAGUUCCUCGUUUAUUUCCUAUUGCAGUAAAAAAAUAAAAACGGUGUGCAUUAUAACAAAAAUAUAAAGAAAAGAUAAGAUCCCCCCCUGACCUUGAUAUUAAGUGUGCUUAAUAAAUACAUUUUAUUUUAUUUCCUUAGCAUUUUACAGACCGAUACAAUGGAUAGGGCUUUUAGUAAGGUCCACCACCGUUGCUUCGCUCCCCAUAAAAAGCUACAGUCAGUGUUUAAUGACGUUGAUUUACCUUUGCGCAUUUCCUAUUCUAGGCUACUGUGUAAAAUGUUUGUUAGAAUUAACGAUAAAUUAAAUUAAUUAACGUUUGUAUCAAGAAAGAAAGAACCAGUGAGUGACACUCUUAUCCCGCGUUUCUUGCUUGACCGCGAUCAAGCAUCUAAGAUGGAUUGCUCUUUCUUGGGUCCUCGGAUGUGAACACUGAAUUUUGCAGUUGAAUUUGGCAUGUUUUUAAAUAUUCAACGUUAAUUUUUUAACGUUGAAUAUUUGAUUUUGAAUUUUUUAACAUUGAAAAAUAAAGCUGAAAAUGAUUUAUUGACAAUUUUUUGACUUAAAUUCAGAGGCAGAAAAAAUCCAGAUACGUUAUUUCAAUGCAUACAUAUUCUGUGCUUAAAAUUCAAUGGCUUUUUAUUUUCAAAAUCUGAUGGCACAGAUUUACUUCCAUAUACAGGUCUUUGAUCCUAUAGUACAGGAUGGAUAAAUACAGCUUUAGUUAGGAUAGAAAUAUAAACCUAGAGUUCAACAGGCCUUUGACAAAGGAGGUCAGGUGUUGCGUUGUGGUU